AUUCAUUUGGUAGCUCUAAAUUAAAUCAUAACUACAACUCCACACGGAAUAAACUCCCGGUGGAACAAUCACACAACUCAUCUGCAUCCCCACCCCAACUCUACGGCCAGUCUUUGCAAGCUUUAUAUUCGGGCAGGUCAAUUACAACACGAGCCAACACAUUCACGAAGAGUGCUGCACUGAACUAAGAGCAGAGUGUCUGCCAUAACAAUUCAAAUUUUUUUUUUCUUGACAGUCUUUAAACAUGUCCAAGUCUAACCUGGACGAUCUACCGGAUGCAGUAAUCGAGAACGAGUCCCUGACCUUGAACAGUAGUAAACCUGACAAUGAUAAUUCCAACGCAGACAAUGCACCACCACCAUCAAGAAAUGCAGUGAUGAACGCUGGCACAGCUUUAGCGGCCGCAUUGGACAGCCAAACCUUAGAUGAGCCAGCAAUAACCAAUACCACUGGAUCCAAGCAGUUUGUGUGCAAAAUUUGCAAUCAAAAAUUCACUCGUAAACAUAAUAUGCUUUCCCAUGAAUUAACCCAUUCAUCACUUAAACCAUUUACUUGUCAGGUUUGUAAUUUGAAGUUUAGAAGGGUACAUGAUUUGAAGCGCCAUGAAAAGCUUCACACUGGUGAAAAACCUUUCAAUUGUAGUCAAUGUGGUCGGAAAUUCGCUCGUCCUGAUGCAUUAACAAGACAUCAACAAUCAGCCAAUGGAUGUAGCGUUGCACUUGAUAUGACCCCUGAAACACAAGCUACCUCCUCGAUGAAUAUAAAGGAUUCUGGAGGCGGUGGCACCGUGGAAGCCUCAAGUGGGAACUCCACUGACAGUAGUGUUGGAUUAAAUUCGAAUUUGUCAAUGGCUGAUAGAACAGAAACUUCAUAUUCAAAUUUUUCAAAUCCACUGGAGAAGGAUAAAAUGGUGGAAUCUUCCAAGGGAGCCAUUAGUAUUAGUUCUGUAUCAUCAGAAGGAUCAGCAUCUGUCUCAGGAUCUAAUUUUACCGAUAAUAUUAGCUCAGAUAAUUAUGAUAUGAAUAGAUGGAGAGCAUUACAAUUUUCGAAACAACAACAGGGGAUUUCUGACACAACUGCGGCGAAAGCUCAAGAGAGACGAGAACUGGAGGAUAGAAUUAUUCUGAACCUGCCACAAGAGAUACAAUCACAACCUGUACAAAAUCUGAUCCCACAUUUACUUCAAUUACAACCAAUGCAACAAUUACGUCAAUAUAGGGAUGGACUGUCACGUCAAACAGAACCACCGUUUUAUGCUUCACCAAAGCAACAGUCUCAACCUUAUCAAUAUCAAUAUCAAGAGGAGCAACCACAGUCUGAACUGCCUCCUGAUCGUCAGAAUACACCUCAGUAUAAUACAACCACGACUACGACGACUACAACCACCACCACAACAAAAAGAAAUCGAGAUAGUCAAGCUAGAGGAGAGCGGCAAUUCUACAGACAAGACCGUCAAGAUACUGAACGCCCUCAAUUUAAAUUGUAUGGGAACAAGUUUGUUUCUUCGAAUCAACAACCCCCACCACAACAACAGCAACAGCAACAGCAACAGCAACAGCAACAGAAACAGGGCUCCGCACCACAAUUACCACAGCCAUCGAAUAGACAAUGGCAACAACAACAAUUACCUCCAGCUCCUCAACCGCCAUUUAUCGACCAAAAUUACGUUACAAUGGAGAAAUAUUGUGAUCUCGUUACAUACACCAAUACGUUGCAGGACAGUUUACGGAGAAUGCAUACGAGAUUACAACAUUUGGAAGAUGAGUCUGCAGAAACCAAGGAACAUAAAAAGCGAGACUUACAUAGUGAGACAUGAUUGGGCAAGACCGAGAGGCUUGAGGAAUUAUUUUAUAGAAUUUUGAUAACAAAUGAAUACAUGUGAAUUUGAAUAGAUA